UUAGAGGGACGCGCACCUGGAUCGCAGGCUUCUGCUGACACAGCCGGCGGUUGAGCUGAGGAAGAGGUUUUUUCACGGAGACUGACAGCGGCGGGGAGGAAGCCGAGGCACGUUUCACUCUCUCAGCCGUUCUUACGAAAGAGAGAAAAAAGGAGAAGAAGAAUUGAGGUCCGUCCCUCUGUCUCUCUCACUCCUGUGACAUGUCGUCCACGGAAACGGCACUUCACCAGGCGCUGGCUCGCCAUCAGUGCCUGAACAACACCCUCAUGCUUUGGGUUACAUUCCUCUCCCUGGCCCAGGCCAUCACCCUGGCUCUCCUCUUCAUCUUGGCUUGGCCCAUGCAGGAUGCUUCCAGGAGUCCCUGUCUCUGCGAGCCAGCGAACACAACUCAACAGUUCCUUGUGAAUUUUCUGAAACAUGGCUCCGACCAGACCAUGGGUGAAAUCCCUUGGAUGUCAGAGAAUGGCAUUCAGCCAGUCAUAGCCAAGGAUGGCCGCUACUUCCUGUAUAUCCAAGUCACUCUGCAGUCUCAUGCUGCAAACCUAACCUACACUGUGCACGUUAAGAAGUCCAAUACGGUUCUCAUAAGCCUCACCCUCACCAAAAAAUCUGAUGAAAUAACCACGGGGUUCCAUGGACGACAGGUGCCGCUGGGGAAAGACGAUGAACUGAAAGUCACCUGUGCUCCUCCUGCUCUCAUCAACACCACUCAAUUCGCAACAUUUAUGGGAACCCAUCUCACAGAAGCCUUUUAACGAGACACGUUACGGCUUCCCUGGGGUGCACCUAUAAAAACCCUGUUAAAACUCCUAGCUAACUAAAGUCCAGCAUCUCCCUAAGGCCUGCUUACUUGAACCCAAGCCCUAGCAAACCCCAUUAAACUCCUAGUUCUCAAACUUUAUUCAUUCAUUGAAAUGUUAGUGAUAAACCAGGUUUACAAACUGGAAUAUAGAUUUGAACAGAACCUUUUCUUGUUGCCAAUGCCUGUUUUUAUUUAUUUAUUUAUUUAUUUAGUUUGAACCAAUCCUUAUAGUAAGCUCAGAAUUUCUAUAUCCAAGAUGAUGAGUCUGCAAAACAUUUAUAUUGCAGUACAUUCCUUUUUAGUGUCACGUUUCUUUGUAAGGUCUUUUUCCAAUUAUUUUAAGUAAAAUGUCAAACAUCACUAAAAAGCCUGUUGGUGAGGCCACCUUGACAUAUCUGCCAUUUGGAGAAUGUUGAGGUGUCCCACCAAAGACACUUAUCAGAGAACUAACCUCUUUUUUCUUCUGUGUAUGAUGCGAAGCCCAUUGCUGUGGAACAAUAUCCAUAAGGCACUUUGUAGGACCACACAGGACAGAGUUACGCACCGGCUGUCGCCGUCGGAUUCCACGGCCUGUUACCAGUGUCUAAGGUCCUUGCUUCCAUUUCUCCAGAGUGGGUGCUGAGGGCACUGCUGAUUCUUAGCUUCGCUGAACCUCGGCUGUGCUGAGCCUUGGCUUUCCUGAGCCUUGGCUGUGCUGAGCCUUGGCUUUGCUGAGCCUUGGCUGUGCUGAGCCUUGGCUUUCCUGAGCCUUGGCUGUGCUGAGCCUUGGCUGUGCUGAGCCUUGGCUUUCCUGAGCCUUGGCUGUGCUGAGCCUUGGCUGUGCUGAGCCUUGGCUUUCCUGAGCCUUGGCUGUGCUGAACCUUGGCUUCGCUGAGCCAUGGCUUUCCUGAGCCUUGGCUGUGCUGAGCCUUGGCUUUCCUGAGCCAUGGCUUUCCUGAGCCUUGGCUUUCCUGAGCCAUGGCUUUCCUGAGCCUUGGCUGUGCUGAGCCUUGGCUUGACUGAGCCUUGGCUGUGCUGAGCCUUGGCUUUGCUGAGCCUUGGCUUUGCUGAGCCUUGGCUGUGCUGAGCCUUGGCUUGACUGAGCCUUGGCUGUGCUGAGCCUUGGCUUGGCUGAGCCUUGGCUGUGCUGAGCCUUGGCUUGGCUGAGCAUCGCCAUGUGGGAAGCUGCCUCAGUGCCAGAAGGGCUCCGGCCUCUUUUAGCUCGCAAACCACAGGGGACGCUGGGGUGGCAGCUCUUGUGGUGCCUUUUCCCCAAAGAUCUCCAGAAGUUUUGUCUGAAAUGCCUCUCAGACACUCACUACAUAGGAAUAGCCUUUGUCUCAAGCUAUAUUUUUGAAUGUAUUUCCUCCAAAAAAGUAUCUUUCUAUUAUAUAUUUUUGCAAAUAAAUUAUGAAUGUUGACAAUGUCAAACGAGUGCUUCUGUGAAGCUGUAAUGGAUGUGGAAGCCGUUCACUUCCAAAUCAUUGUCACAUAUUUUCUGAGAUAGCAUUUAGCCCAGUUUUGAAGAGGGGGUGCUGCAUGACUCCGUGGUUUAGGAUGCUGUGUCCAUGAUUGGCAGGGCACUGGUUCAAGUCCCUAAGUCAGCAAAGUGAUUUCACCACUGGCCCCCAGUUACAUCAGGGACCGGCUGACACUGUUCUCUGAAAUAUGUUACUUUGCACUGCAGCAUCUGCUAAACAACUAACAAUGCAAAAAAUGACAAGUCACAUCCUGUCUACAGAGAGUGAUGUCAGACUUCUUCAGGGCAUAACCGCAGAUUGCAGGACUUGUGUGUAUUAGAUAACCUAUCCAUGAAGAAUCAGAUUCUGUCUUGCUUUGGUUUGGACACAUCCUGACUCUGGCCUUACAUAAUCUGUAAUUAUUUAACUUACCAGACACUUUUGUUCAAAGCAACAUACAAGUGAGGCAAAGAAGUCGAUUAAUUUAGUUAGACUGAGCUUCCAAUGAAUGCCCAGGUACAGUACAGCUAUAAGCAGUGUUGGAGCAUGAGCUACACAACAUCUUCCAAAUAAACUAAGAACCUAAUAAGAGUGCUGUUCAUGUCAUCAGAAAGUGGAAAAUUAAGAACAUUCUGGGAACACGGAGUGGUAUCUGGUUAAUAAACAUAUUCCAGUAA